AAAGAUGAAUAAGAAAGAUUUCUUCACCCAAGGUUGAAGGUGAAACCUGAACUGCGUUAUAAAAGCCUCCUUGGCUUAUGUCCCUCACUACUGUUGGCUACUUGCUAUAGCUCUAUACCUGUCACUGAGGGAGGAUAACGUGAAGCUGAGAAGAUGUCUACAUUUGAAAACUAUUUGGAGGGCAUCAUCAACAUAUUCCACCAGUAUUCAGUCAGAGUGGGGCAUCCUGACACCCUCUCCAAGAGCGAGCUGAAGAAGUUGCUUGUAACAGAACUUGCAAACACCAUCAAGAAUACCAAAGAUCAAGCUACCAUUGACAAAAUAUUCCAGGAUCUGGAUGAAAAUGGAGAUGGACAGGUCACCUUUAAGGAAUUCUUAUUUCUGGUGGCCUCUGUGUUGGAGAUUUCCCAUGAUAAUAUCCACAAGAAUUAGGAAGCUCUCUGAUGGCUAUUUAACAAUAAUGUCCCCAAGAAGGUAUUUCUCUCCCCUCACCAAAGCCCCACCUUGACUUAGGGGAGUGAGAGUUAAUAAAUGUACUUGUGAAAACUUCUGGUUUCUGUAU